AUGGCGGUGAAUGACAGACAGAUCGUGGACAAAUUCAUCGAAGAUGGUGACUUUGAAAGAUUACUGCAAUUACCAGAGACUCUGGAUGACUUUACUGAAUCCAGCAUAGUCAAAUGUGUGGUAUAUUUUCUCAAAUCUAGUGAUGAAGUCCUUGAGGCUGCCACAAAACAUGUGCCUGAGACUGAAAUUUCUACACAUGUUCCAUGGGUUAAAGAAAGCAUGCAGUCACCCUUCACUGAUAAACGAUGCUAUGUUCUAAACGUCAUGUUGUGUCAGAAAUUCAGCCCUCAUUUUUUACAAGAGGAAGCCAGGCUAAUGCCAUUUGACUGUGUAUUGAGUCUUGCCAAAUAUUUCCACUUUUUGCUGUCUUGGGUGCCAACAGAUCCAGACUGUGACAGUCAUGUGCCGUCAUUAGAACAGAUAAUUGAUUGGUUGAAUGCCCUUUUAGACGGACACUUCCAGCAGCUCAAACUUGCAGAGGAUUCCACCGCAGUUAUUGAGUCACUGCAGGAGCAAGUCACUCUCAUGACAAAGUGGCAGAUAGAGUCUAAAGCCUUGCAAGGGACAUUACUGGAGCUAAAUCGACUGUUUGAGAAACAGCAGCAACAGAGAAGUACCAAAAUGGGAGACUACUGCAUUGAAGUGAUAUCCUUCUAG